AUGACUGACAAGAAGGAGACGAAAAUCGAUGUCAAGAAGGUGACGAAGGCUGCCGUGGAUGACGUCGAAUUCGAGGAGUUCCCCGUGCUCGACUGGCCAGAGAAGGGCGAGGAGGAAGACGUGAACGUGUGGGAGGACAACUGGGACGACGAGACCAACGAAUCCGAAUUCUCCCAAAAGCUGAAGCAGGAGCUCGACAAACUGAUGGCCCAGCGCAAACAAAAACAGAAUGCA